AUGUCGGCCGACAUCUGGGUGGGCACCUGGCGGCCCCACCGGCCCCGCGGGCCCAUCGCGGCGCUCUACAGCAGCCCCGGGCCCAAGUACCGGCUCCCCAGCAACGUCGCCUUCCGCACGCCGGGGCCAGGCCGCUACUGCCCGGAGAAGGCCGGCAAAUGGGCCUACCCCUCGGCGCCCGUCUACUCACUGGCCUCGCGCACCAAGCACUUCGCCAACGACCAGACCCCAGGCCCCGCCGCCUACGGGCUGCCGCCCAUGCUGGGCCCGCGCGUGGUGGGCAAGAGCUCGGCGCCCAACUUCUCCAUCCUGGGCCGCAGCGCCGUCGGCAGCUUCUACGCCGACCUCUGCAAGACGCCCGGGCCCUGCAACUACCGCGUGGUGGACGCCGACGUGUACAAGCGGCGCGCGCCGCAGUACAGCAUGCUGGCGCGCAACCUGCUCCCCGGGGACAACACGCGCAAGCCGGGCCCCGGCGCCUACAGCCCCGAGAAG